UAUGUCUCUUUAUCUCGUUAGUACAAGACGAUAUAGAAGAGUAUAUAAGAGUUGCCUAGCUCCCGGCUCAAGCAGUUUUGCAUAAUUUUUGAACGAUUUGUGUGAAAAGUUUAUUUCAUUAUUUAUAUCGUAAACAUGAAUACAGUUCUCAACGGUCACGAUAACUUCAUGACGAAUGGAGCCGUUAAAGUAGAGAAGAAUGGCACAAACAUAGAAAAUGGAGAAAAAGGAGGAUAUACUUACGAAACUUUAACAGAAACUGCCGACUUUUUGAAGAAAUUGGUUCCCAUCAAGCCCAAAAUUGGUAUCAUCUGUGGAUCCGGUUUGGGUGCGUAUUGGAAUGAAGGUACGUUGGCAGAUGCUUUGGAUCAGAAAAUAGCAGUACCAUAUGAAAAGAUUCCCAAUUUUCCUCAAAGUACAGUAAAGGGUCACACAGGAGCUCUCGUUUUCGGUUACAUUGGAGGAGUCCCUGUAGUAUGUAUGAAGGGCCGUUUCCAUUAUUAUGAAGGAUAUCCUCUUUGGAAAUGUGCAAUGCCCGUACGAGUAAUGAAACUAUUGGGAAUCACUCAUCUCAUAGCUACUAAUGCUGCUGGCGGACUAAAUCCAAGAUACAAAGUAGGAGAUAUUAUGCUUAUCAAAGAUCACAUUAACCUUAUGGGUUUUGCUGGAAAUAACCCACUUCAAGGACCUAACGAUGAGAGAUUCGGACCUAGAUUCCCUCCCAUGAACAACUCAUAUGACAGACAACUGAUAAGAGAAGCUAAAAGGAUAGCUAAAGGUCUCGGUUUAGAAAAGGAUGUCCAUGAAGGAGUUUACACCUGCUUAGGAGGACCUAACUUCGAAACGGUAGCUGAGCUCAGAAUGUUAAAAAUGUGGGGAGCUGAUACUGUAGGCAUGUCCACAGUCCACGAAGUAAUCACAGCUCGGCACUGCGAUUUAACUGUUCUAGCUUUCAGUCUCGUGACAAACGAAUGUCUUGUCGAGUAUGAUAACACAGAGUUUCCUAAUCACGAAGAAGUGUUGGACGUUGGAAAAUUAAGGCAAGAAGUACUCCAGAAAUUUGUAAAACAAAUCAUAGAGUUCAUCGCAACAACAAAGGAAUUCAAACAAUAAUUCGUUUUAGGAUUAACUGUAAAUAUGUAAUUUUUAAAUUAUUUUUCGUAAUAUAUUUAACUUAAUGGCAA